CAUGACGUAUUACAUAUAUAACUGACGGGUGUAAGUGAUCGCAUUAUAUUUAGUUUUAGGUGGACACAAGGUCUCAAAUAAUGACAUUUACACUGUAGUGAUCGAAUACCAGCCUAUUUGCAGCAGGUAUACGUUAUGUCAAAACUCAUGUCGUGUAGUUCUAGGUGAAAUUAAACUUGAAAUCGGAGUAAGUUCUGGGCUUAAGUUGUCAGGGACGACAUGUAAACAACAGUUAUACACACGUACACACACUCUGAUAUUACUCGUGGUCAUUGAUCUGUGACACCGGCGAGCUUGGACACAUUGACCAAUGUCUGGACAUGGUCAGUGCUAGGUGAAAUGAUAUUCCUAUAAACAUCAGCGGACACACCCUCCGUGAUCAGGUCCAAAAUGGCGGAUGAGGUGGUACUGGACAUCGGAGGUAGGGAGGAACCUCAGACUUUGAUGGGAAAAAUCCGAGAACGCUACAACGAUCCGGAGGCUGACAAACGUCACAAGGUAUCUGCUCAGAGAUGGGUGCGCUAUCUGAUGGUGUUUCAGACUCCAACUCAACUGUUCAUGUUUCACUAUUACAUCAUCCCGUGUCUAUUCGAAGACUACGACGAUUGGACUAGAUAUUAUCUCAAAGUUUUCGUCACCUACCUUGCUAUACAGGGAGUCGUGAACUACUUAUGUACAGUUUUCUAUGACACGAGUAUCUCCCCCUCCAAGGAUCGGCCUGACCUACCGGGACUGACUGAUUGGUGGAAUAAUCCGCCCGACCAUUUUGUGUCAUUACACAACCAGAAUGGAUCUGUCGUUCUCAUGGAGUCACCGGAUGCGGACGAAUCCGGAUUUGAAACGAAAUAUUGUGAAAUUUGUAAAAUUUACCAGCCGCCCCGUACACACCACUGCAAAUUGUGUGACGCGUGCAUUCUGAAGCGUGAUCAUCACUGCUAUAUGGUGGGAAACUGCAUCGGUUUUAAAAACCAAAGAUAUUUUGUGGUGUUGACAUUUUACGCGAUGAUAAUUGGGCUUAUUGGUGGAUAUUUUCAGUACAAGUAUUUACAGAUAUUUUACUACCCGGUCAGUUACGCGUGGACGGAUUUCAUUCCUCCGGUAGCGCUCUACCGAUGGCUGUUCGGACGAGUGGACGCAAUGACCUUGCACAUAUGCGUCAUGAUAAUUCACGUGUAUCUAGAAUUUUUGUUCGGGUUCAUUGGAUUUAUCUAUUUCAACUCACAAAUGACAAUUAUUUCCAAAGGAAAGACGAUGCAUGAACUGGCGAAAUUUAUUCCUAUUCGAAACGUGAAUAAUAUCAAUCGUAAUUUUCGUUCUGUGUUUGGCGAUUUCUGGGCUUUGAACUUCUUUUUCCCAAUGCAGGCGUUAUUCCGUCAGAGAGAUGACGGUAAAACUUGGGAAGGUAUCAAGCUUGACCACAAUGCUAACUUACAGGAGAAAACGAACUGAAAACAACGUGAUUUUAUAACAAAGCUUUGUUUAAUUAUUACCAGUUUGCCUUGAUGCCUUCAUUUUUUCAUUAUUUAUUAAAACUAUCGAAGUACA